GGUUCUUCACAACGAAAAUAUCAAAAUAUAUAUUCUCAUAUCAAAAAAUUAUCAAUGGAUGAAUGAUAACUAAUGUUUUAUGUAAUUCUUAAAUUUGAAAGUUAAAAGUGAAAAGGGCAUAACAAAUUAACAAUGCUUGUCUUACAAUCUUGCUACUAUUAGUGAUUUUUUGUGUGUGUGUGUGGUAAAACUAUUAGUGAUUUUCCAAUUGUUCAAUGUUGCUAGUUUCAGAAUGAUUUUCUAGCCCUUGUUCGAACAUACAUUAACUUACAACAUUUAUUCCCUAAAACAUUUUACAAGUUGUUAAAGCUUGACAUUUCAAAGUUAUAAUUACAAGAAGUCGGUGUGAUGAUAUUCUAAAAUGAUAAAAUUCACUUUCUCAUCAAAAUUUACAAUUUAGUAUCACUAAUCAUGUUUUUAUCUUAACAAAGAGAAUGAGGAUGAUAUUGACUUACUUUUCCAAAACACUUCAAAAGAAGAACAAGAAUAACACAAGAUGGAUCUUGGUAGAUGUUCUUUGGGUUAUUGUUCUUGUUGUUUACGAAUACUUCCUUUUGACUUACUUACUUAAAUAUACCUAUAUAUGCCUUGUUUCUCAUAGAAUGGCCAAAUGUAGAAGAAGAAAAAAAAUUGUAAGUCAGCAAAUUUAUUAGGGGCUGAUUGUCUAUAGUAGAAUGGUUGAACUUGGACAAGCUACAAUGAGUUUAUAUACUAUUAAAAAGACCGAUUUAUGGAAUGAUGAAUGAUGGAAGUGAAGCUAAGUAUUACUCAUUCCUUCAAAAUAUAGAAUAAUGCAUCAAACAAAAAUGAAAUCCAAGAUGUUAUAAUAAAAUAAUUGUAAUGGGAAUUCAUUAUAAUAGUCAGAUAAGAAUGAGAAUGAGGCGGGUUUGGGCACAUAUCAUUAAAUUCAACCCAAUUUCCAUUUUUAAUUCAUAAUUUCGUACCCUUUCCUUCUCUCAUACCGGUGAAAGUUUCUUAUCCCCAUCUCUCGAUUUUUCAAAUAACUGUGGAUAGUACCUUCCCCGAAAAUCCAAAUCAAAUUUCAAUUUAAAAUCAAUGUAAUCAAGUUGAAGACACAUACGAAUACGACUUAAGAGUUAGAAUAUCGAACAAAGAUUAUAUAUCAUAAAUAACCACAAAAAGUACAAGAAAUAUAACAAAAAAUUAAUUUUGCAGAGGAAAUUAGGGAUAAAAGUUGACAUAUAUGUAUUGUUGGAAUAAAAAAAGUGAAACAGAUGAUAAUUUAUGAAAGUCGAGAGACAAUUAUUGCUAAACAUCUAAAUUUAUCCCCGACCCGUACCCGCCACUUUUUUCGUGGAUAUUACCCAUACCAGCCUCAUCACAUGUUAAUGCGGGAAUUUCCUUCAUUGACUGGGUCGGGAAGGUUCGGAUUUUGUGGGUACGAUUCCUUCGUUGAACUUUGAACUUCACACUUUGGUUUGGGCCGAACAGGUAAAGCAUGUUGCCGUCCGAAAGAGACUAUUAUGCAUGUCGGCCCAAAAUAAGACGGAUUAUGUUACCCAAGCCCAGGUUAUUAAAAUUAGGCCCCGAGCAUAAGAAUAAAUAAUAGGAAAAUGGAAAAGCCAAAGAAACAAAAUACAAAAACACCGCGUGGUCUUCCAGAUUUCAUGUGUAGCAGACUACAACUGCAGUUCAGUCAUUUCUCUCUCUCUCCCAUUGCUGUCUUCCAAUCAAGUCCCAAAUCAACGACCCUUGCCGCCGCGCCCAAAUCCUCAUCCAAAUUCAAAAUUUUCCGACCCCCAAAUCGAUCCGCCUCCGUCAAUGGCCGACUCCGACUCCGCCACCGCGCAAUCUCCAUCUCCGUCUCCGCCGGCCGCUCCUCUCGCUCCGAGGAAGGAGAAUCUCACGCCGGUCGGUUCCAAGAUCGCGGAACUGAACGAAUCGAGGGUGGAGCUCCUUACCAGAAUCCAAGGCUUGAAACAGGACUUGCAUACUUGGAGAUCUAAGCUAGACACUCAAAUCAAAGUGUACCGUGAGGAAUUAACAGAAGUGAAGAAGUCGUUGAAUGAUGAGGUGGAGCAACUACGACUGGAGUUCAAAGAACUCAGAACUACACUUCAGCAGCAACAAGAUGACAUCUCUUCUAGCAUGAAGAACUUGGGGCCUGUGGAUGGGGGAGAGGAUGAAGUUAAAGAGGCGAAACACUCGGAGGCAGAUGUGCAACAAGAAGAUGAAGCGAAAGUCUUAACUGUCGAGGAAGAGCCUAGUUCAGCCUAACACAACCAUUUGCAUUCCCUUGGAGAAGAAGCCUUUUCUUUUCCGAGUCCAUCCCGGUGCAAUCUAUUGAAGUACUCCAAAGAAAUAUGUAAUAGUGUAGUUGUAAAAUCAGCCCAGGAGGGGGCAGACAACUUGUAAUACUUAUCGUUGCGACUAUGAACCACUUCAACCUGCUCCAUUCCUUCUAGACGAGAACGAAUCACUGCAAUUGUUGCAGCACAGCUGAAAGCCUAUCAGCAGAGGAAACUAAACUAUCAGUUUGAUAUUGAGUUGACUAUAGGGUUAACACUGCCAUUUUAACCCAACCCAUCCAACUUGGUGAGAAAAAAAAAAAAAAAAUGGUAACCAUUAAUUUGCUCAACCUCCAUUCAUUUAUUACCCCACCAUUAUUAUCUUUCCACCACCCAGAUAUUGUGCUUGGUUGCUUGCUUCUCCCCCCACUUCCCCCUUACUGUUUGGCCAUUGAAUACCUUUCUCUAGUUCCCAAGAAACUGUUUUAUGUGUAAGAAUGCUCUAUACUCUAUAGGCACAGACUAGAGCGACACAGAGAGAAAGCCAUGGCUAAGCUUCUUCUUCUUUCUCAAUCAUGCCUCUCUACUCCCAUUGCUCCAAAAGGGGCCUUAACCGUUGUUUACCAUUCAAAGGAGACUGCUGAUGAUGAUGAUGAAUUGACGAUCGAGCAGUGAAGUAAAUGGUCUUCCACCCACCACAUCCACUUCAUUCAUUCAUUCAUGCAACCUCUGAAAUAGAAUGAUGGCGCUCGAAUGACAUUUGGAUCCAUGCCUUAUGUGUUAAGGAGUAGUGUAUUGAAGGCUAUCUCCCAACCCACCUUAGAUUUUGGGUGCAACUGCCACUACCCAUUAUGUUUUAUGUUCUUUCCAAGAAACCCUUUUCACCUCUUUCCCUAUAAUGGGAUGGAUUAUUAAUGUGAGAUUGUUUUCAUCCAAAGGAGGAAGGAUUGACCCGCCUGAUAAUAAUUUAGGGCACUACAAUGAAUAUAUUUCAAAGUGUACAACAUUAAAAAUUAAUUUAGAUGAUUACUGCGGAUGAGGAGCUGUUGGCUUCUAACUUCCAAGUCAUUCACGAUAUCGAAUGAAUUCCUAGAGUGUUGAUGGUAAAUUGGACAUUGAGUACUUCUAAAUUUUUCGAGGUUAAUAGGAAAUGAUUGUUUGUAGCCUUUAAACGACUUCUUCAUCUUCAACCCCUGCCCCUGAAGAGAUUUCUUGUUUUUGUUUGCUUGUAAUCAUGGUUCUAAAUUUUUCGAGGUUAAUGGGAAAUGAUUGUUUGUAGCCUUUGAACGACUUCUUCAUCUUCAACCCCUGCCCCUGAAGAGAUUUCUUGUUUUUGUUUGCUUGUAAUCAUGGUUGUCACUCCGGCCGGCGUGGCACCGGUUGUAUCGGGUUCAACCGGUACCGGUCAUAAAAUCGGCGUGACACCACCGGUAUGACCGGCAUGAUCGAUAUACGAAUUUCUAAGUAAAAUAACCUUAUUUUAGAGAAUUUAAUUGAUAAAAAUUAUUUUAUUAUUUAUUUUAUGAGCAUAAAAGUUAAAAUAUUGA